ACCUCAAAAAUUGACGGCAAAUCGUCGCAAAUAGUGCAUGUGUAUAGAUGGUUCUUUGCACUUUUUUAGGUUUAAGUUUUAUAAAAACUUAAUUUGUUGAAAAUAUGGACUUCCCAGUCUCCGCUUUUUCCAUCUACAAAAGUCAAACCAAGAAAAAACACAAGGCUUCGCCACAAAACGAAUCCAAGCAGCCUCCACUCAAGAAGAAAAAACAGGUUGUCUUAAAAAAUACAAAGAAACCAAUAAUUGGUAUAUCUUCUAAAAAAAAGAAAAAUAAACCAAAAGCUCUCACUAGCCCUAGCAGUAACGGAUAUGUGAGCUCUGAGGAAGAAAUACCUACAUUAGUUCCCAUUAUUGAUAUACCUGAAGUACAUGCACCAAUGAUCACAAACAAUGAGAAAAAAACCUUAAAAGUCAAAAAGAAAUCGGUGAAAUCAAAAGAUAUUAAACCUUUCAAUCCUGUAACGCAAGGCUUAGCAUUAUUCAAAUGGAUGCUAGACCCUGUAACACCAGCAGACUUUUUUAAAAUCUACUGGGAACAAAAAGUACUGCACGUUAACAGAUCCAAACAAGAAUACUUCAAAGAUGUUUUUAGCACCAAAAAACUUGAUUCUAUAUUAAGAGAAUUUCCGUUACAUUACACUAGAAAUAUAGAUGUUGUUGUAUAUAAAGAUGGCAAAAAAGAAGUUAUGGAAGAAGAGGGUCGAGCCUUACCAUCGAAACUCUGGUAUUAUUAUGAAACUGGGUGCAGCAUAAGGGUCUUGAACCCUCAAACUUAUGACCAAGAUGUCCAUUCAGUUAUAUCAAGUCUACAGGAGUAUUUUGGCACAAUGGUGGGUGCAAAUGUCUACCUGACACCUCCUGAUAGUCAAGGGUUUGCCCCACAUUUUGAUGAUAUUGAGGCAUUUAUUAUUCAGCUGGAGGGUAGCAAAUAUUGGAAACUGUAUAAGCCCAAAGAUGAAGAUGUCUUAGCGAGAGACUCAAGCCAAAAUUUCAAUGCCAAAGACUUGGGUCCACCAUUUAUGGAGGUGAAACUAAAUGCCGGAGAUGUUCUUUAUUUUCCUAGAGGAACUAUUCAUGAAGGACACACCAAAGAAGAACAUUCUUUGCAUAUUACCGUGUCAGUAUACCAGCACACAGCUUAUGCUGAUUUGUUAGAGCAUGCCCUUCCAGCAGCCCUAAAAAGGGCCGCCCGGGAAAAUAUUGAUUUUAGAAAGGGACUACCGUUAAACUACUUAAAACAUUUGGGGGUGGUGAAUAAAUCGGAGAAGUCAGCUAAAAGAGAAUUAAUUGUUAAACAGGUCAAAUCACUUAUGGGCAAAUUGGUGGAUUACCUGGAUGUUGAUGGCGCAGCGGACCAGUUAGGGCGGAAAUUUAUGCACGAUGCCAUGCCCCCUUUGUAUAGCAAGGAAGAAGCGGAGAAUUCGUCCAAGUUUGAUGGGGAUUUUAUGGAAAUGGGAAAGGUCUAUAACAGAGUUGAGAUCUCCACUGAGACUAAAGUGAGGCUGCUGAGGUAUUAUGCUUUAAGGGUGGUCCAAGAGGCAGAUACAUCAAAGUUAUACUUUUGCACUGAUAAUGCUAAAACUUAUCAUGGAGAAGAAGAGCAAUGGAUGGAAAUCGAUGAUAUGUUGAUCCCAGGGGUCGAGAUGCUUCAGAAAAGCUAUCCAGACUUUAUUGUGGUUGAUAAUUUGCCUAUUGACGACGAAGCAGAGAAACUCUCUUUGGUGUAUUCAUUAUGGGAACAUGGCAUGAUAGUAACAGACGGUCCGCUGGAGCCGUUCCCUUUUGACUAAGUGACGUUUUUAUUAAUGGUUUUUAAGUUGAAAUAUUUCUGUUUCGGUUUGUUUUAUGUGCCAACAUAUAUUAAUAAAAAAAUAAUUUUUUCA